AUGAGUCAGAAAAGCAUAGCGGAGAAAAAACCCGCAGUGGAGAAGGAAAAGUCAAAGUACCGCUACUCUUCAGAAAUACAACAAAUGAUGUUUGUCUUUGGUGAAGUUGCCGAGCCUUCGCAGGAGACCAUCAUGCUUGUAGAAGAUAUCGUUCGAGCGCAAGUAAUAGAAAUCAUCAUUCAAGCAGCAGCCCAGGCCCAGAAACGUGGUUCGCGAUACAUGACUUCAGAGGAUCUUAUUUUUCUAAUUCGUCACGAUCGCGCUAAAGUAAAUCGACUGAGAACUUAUUUGAGUUGGAAAGAUGUACGCAAGAAUGCAAAGGACACGGCAGGAAAUGAUGGUGCAGAAGAGAUUUUAGAAGAACCAAGCGCAGCCAAGGCCAGAAAAAUGAAAAUAAAGCUAUCGUGGGAACUUGUUAAUUCCUUCUCGGAAUACUUGAAUGCUGAUUCCGAUGAGGAGGGUGAUGAAGAAGUUGAAGCAUACAACGACUCCAUACAGAGACUAAAGGACGCAGAUGACAUUACACGUGCAAUGACACGCGAAGAAUACGUUCAUUAUUCAGAGUGUCGUCAGGCCUCCUUCACAUAUCGCAAAGCCAAACGCUUUCGCGAAUGGGCCAAUAUGUCUACUUAUAUAGACAUGAAACCCAAUGAUGAUAUUGUCGAUAUUCUCGGAUUUCUUACUUUUGAAAUGGUGAGCAAAUUGACCGAAACGGCUCUACGGGUGAAAACGGAUCUUGACUCUAAAGACAACAAGCCAAAAACCAAGAACCUGGGGCGCGCAAAGGCAAUGAAUAAGAUGGAUGGUGGAAAGCCAGAAUGUUAUUUGUUCUCUGCACCCCCAUUGGACCAAACACCUCUGGAACCGUUUCAUAUACAUGAAGCUUUUAGGAGGUUGCAACGAUCCCCACAACCAAUUAAGAACUUUCGCGGAGAAAUUAUGUUGGGCCCUUCGCAAUAA